UGGGUCUUGUUGCGGGUCAGUGACUCAGUUGUCAGUCGAUUUUUCCUCUUUGUUCGGCUCACACUUGUCUGCAUCAAGAUGAUGGAUGAAGAAGCCACCAAGCGCUACUUACGGGUCGGCGAUGAUGAGCCGAAGCUGAAACAACCUGAGCGAGGGUGUAAAGUUCAGGUCGGUGAGGAGGAGAGAGAGAGAGAGAUCACCGUGCUGCCGCAGAGGAAGACAGACGACCUGGACGACGGCGAGGAGAUGGCACCGUCGUCCCCCUGCUGUUUGUCUUGUAGCCGUCUAAAGGACAGAUGUCCUCGACCUCAAGGACUCGUCAGCCUGCUCAUCACUAAAGCAUGUUUGUUUGCGCUGCUCUUCGGGGUCGUCUGGUCCAUCACAGGAAGUGAGUGUUUGCCUGGAGGAAACUUGUUCGGCAUCGUCAUCCUCUUCAUCUGCUCUGUGAUCGGAGGGAAACUGGUGGGAAUGAUCCAACUGCCCACGCUGCCCCCCUUCCCCCCGCUGCUUGGUAUGCUGUUGGCAGGUCUACUGCUGCGUAACGUUCCCUACAUCACAGAUGCCGUCUUCAUCGACACUCACUGGUCUUCAGCUCUGAGGAACAUCGCGCUGUCAAUCAUCCUGACCAGAGCCGGACUGGGCCUGGACCCCUCGGCGCUGCGUCGUCUGAAGGCGGUGUGCGUUCGUCUUGCGAUCGGCCCCUGCAUGGUGGAGGCCUCCGUCGUCGCUGUGGUUUCUCACUUCCUGUUGGGUCUACCCUGGGUCUGGGGCUUCAUCCUGGGUUUCGUCCUGGCCGCGGUGUCUCCAGCAGUCGUCGUUCCCUCGAUGUUGCUCCUGCAGAGAGAAGGAUAUGGAGUGGAGAAGGGAAUCCCCACUCUGCUGAUGGCUGCUGGGAGUUUUGAUGAUAUUUUAGCCAUCACAGGAUUCUCCACCUGCCUGGGAAUCGCCUUCUCUACGGGCUCGACGUGGAUGAACAUACUGAAGGGUCUCUUGGAGGUGGUGGGAGGGGUCGUUGCCGGGAUGAUCCUGGGUCUGUUCUUGUACUUCUUCCCAAGCAAAGACCAGGAGGAGUUGGUGUUGAGACGGACUCUCAUGUUGUUGGGUUUGUCCAUAUUCUCUGUCUUCUUCAGUCAUGUUGUUGGUUUUGCUGGAGCUGGUGGUCUCUGUACCCUGGUUCUGGCCUUCCUGGCCGCACUGGGCUGGAAAUCUGACAAGGCCCCGGUGGCGGCCAUGGUCGGUCAGUCAUGGGAUGUUUUCCAGCCACUCCUGUUUGGUCUGAUUGGAGCAGAGAUCACCAUAGCAACCCUCAGCCCCAGCACUGUGGGUCUGGGACUGGCCUGUAUCAGUAUUGGUCUGGUGAUCCGCCUGCUCGUCACCUUCCUGCUGGUACAUUUCGGAGGUUUCAACUUGAAGGAGAAACUUUUCAUUUCUGUGGCCUGGCUCCCUAAAGCCACCGUUCAGGCUGCUAUUGGCUCCAAAGCACUGGACAUGGCACGGGAGGAAGGGGACGAGGCCAUGGUAAAGUUCGGACUGGAUGUGCUUACGUUAGCAGUGUUAGCCAUUCUGACCACAGCUCCCAUUGGGGCACUGGGUAUCGGCCUUGCGGGACCACGCCUCCUGGAGCGGCAGAUCAAAGAAGAAACAACGGGCGAAGAAACAAACCCAAGUGGCAUCAAUGUUGAAAAAGACAACGUGACCCUCGAGAGCAAACUAUAAGGACAAACUGAAGAAAAGUUAUUUACCACAACUUUUUUUGCACAUCAUUUAUUUAUAUAAUACAUU